AUGCCUGAGUGGGGCGGGACACAUAAAUCACAGGCACAUAUUGGCUCAUUUACAACGGACCGAAGCAACGGGCCGGUAGCCAAGUGGGGCUCGGAGAGUAUCCCAGCAAAGUCUCCGAGGACUUGGCAUCCAAAUGUCCAAGCCUGGAAAGGUAGAGGCCAAUUGGACCUCCUACAACUGGGUCUCAGUGCACAUUUGCAUCUGUUAGACGAGUUGUUGAGCAGUGGUGCGGCUGAUGAGCGUAUCCUAUCCCGGUACGACACCAUUCAAUUUGAGAAUGUCGAGAUUAAGAAGAUUGAGCGGGAUACCGAAGAGGGCUUCAACGCCGUUAACUCGCGAGAGCGGGUGUGGACGGGCAAGAAGUUGGUCCUUGCCAAUGGAGUCCGCGAUGUUUCCCAGAUAUCACGGGAUAUGGAGAGUGCUGGGGGCGAGGAAUGCUGCGAAUCUGUCGGAGUACUCGCCAUCGGGUAUAUGGCCGACACUAUGUCGGCAAUACAUGUUGCUCGCAUGGCCCGCCGGUUCGCCCGAACCGUCAAUAUCUACACGCACGGCUCCCAAGAGCUUACGCAGGCGCUCGAGAAAGCUAGUCAUGAUACAGGCUUCAGGAUCGACAGCAGGCCUAUCGCACGGCUUGUCAGGGGAUCGGUUCCAUCGGACGUGGGGGUAGGAUUUGAGAAUGGCACCCAGAGAAUGGAGGGAUUUCUGGUCCACCGGCCCAAGACUGAACUCAAUGGCCCGUUCGCGGAACAACUAGGAUUGCACCUCACGCCUGAUGGCGACAUCAACACAACGGAGCCCUUCUAUAGCACCUCCAUCCCGAGGGUAUUCGCGGUGGGUGACUGCGCCAUGUCAUCCAAGGCGGUAGUAAUGGCCAUGUCGUCGGGAACUUUAGUGGCAGGAGGUUUGGCCAGACAGUUGCAAUCGGAGCUCUACUCGGGAGAGCAGAAACCAAGUUAG